GCGGGAGGCGUGACGUCACGCGUCACGCACAGCGACGGUCCUCCAGCGGCAGACGGAGGAGCUCGAAGAGGGAAAUAGAAACACGGAAAGCUACGAGGGAGAUUUCAGGCCGCUCCGUCUACACGCAAACGCUCGUUAGCAUGGCCGAAGAAAACAUCUUCCUGUUCGUCCCCAAUCUGAUCGGAUAUGCUCGUAUUGUCCUGGCCCUGGUAUCCUUCUACCUGAUGCCCUGUUGCCCGGUCCCGGCGGUGUUUUGUUACCUGCUGAGUGCUCUGUUGGAUGCCUUCGACGGACACGCAGCCCGUGCUCUAAAUCAAGGUACAAAGUUUGGUGCCAUGCUGGACAUGCUGACCGACCGCUGCGCGACCAUGUGCUUGCUGGUGAACCUGGCGCUGCUGUACCCGUCCUACACGUUCUUGUUUCAGCUCAGCAUGUGUGUGGACGUGGCCAGCCACUGGCUGCACCUGCACAGUUCUAUGAUGAAAGGAGCCACCAGUCACAAGACCAUUGACCUCUCUGGCAACCCCAUCUUACGGCUGUACUACACAUCCAGGCCGGUGUUGUUUUUCAUGUGUAUGGGGAACGAGCUGUUCUUCUGUCUGCUGUACAUAAUGCACUACAUCGAGGAACCCCAGGCAUGGCUACAGUGGCUGCUGGGAGUUUGCGGUGUGGUCUGUCUGCUGAAGUCUGGCAUCAGUCUCCUUCACCUCAUCACUGCCUCCUGUAACAUGGCAGCUAUCGACGUGGCUGACCGGGAGAGAGAGAAGAGCAAAGCAAAAUGAGACAUGAGAGUACGCAGAAAACAAGACAAAUGAAACCAAGGCCGUGCAAAAGAGAUCAGCUCGAACGACAAACGCUGGCCAGUGUAGAUGAGGAUGAGAUAAUGGAAAUCAGUUAUGGGACCUUGCAAAGCCUCACUGAGCAUUUAUAUUUAUUUCAAUAUAGAGUAUCAAUGCUAUAAUGCCAGGGCAAGUUCCUUAGGAAUUUUAUUCAUAUUCCUGUAGACGUGCUUUUUAUUUCUGUUGCACUAUGACUGUACCAUAUUUAUGUCAUUUUUUGGAGUGUCACCAUGAUUAUUUUUGACGGUUAAUUUAUUUGUUUUUGGAAUAAUCAUGUAUCAUUUUAAUGGGAUUUAGAAUAGCUCUGCCAUUUAAAACCAACACAAACAGGCACAUUCCACGCUUCUAAUGAAAGCCACUUGAGUAUUACUGUAUAUGGCUGUUGUUUUAUCAAUAGUUGAAAUAUUACGUUUGAACUCUUUGUACGAGCCUGUCUAUUCAUGUUUUAUUCGUUUGCUGUUUUUUUGCCGGUAUAUCCAAGAACUUUGAAUAUUAAUUUAAAGAGCGCGAAGCUGUCAUUAUAUGAAACCAGUGGCUCUGGCAUCAUUUUCGUCCGUAGCCUUCUGAAUGUAUUAUUGGUUUGUGGUAGAGGGGUAGACCUACUGUUUGCUGUCUAAAGUUCUACAGCUGUUAUACAUGAUCAGAAAUAUAUGAGAGUUAUAUGAUUGUGAAGACAAGUCCUUUUGUACUGUAACGGAACAUUUGACAAUAAAGAUAUCCUGACGCCAAGCUGUCGAUAUCAUUUCAGUGGCGUUUAGUUAAUUUAA